CUUUUAACUACGAAGUGUAGAGCGCCACCUAUCGUUCACCUUCAUACUUGGUUUUGCGGAGAAAAAUUAGAACGAAAUUUAUCUAUUUUUAAGGGUAAGUUUCCCGUUGGGUUUCAUUAAUCUAAUCAAUAAUUGCCUUAUCUUUUAUGAGAGGUAUAAUGUUUAAAGAGAUAGGGUGAUUUUAAAGAGAACUAAUAGGAAUAUCAUUGACCGUGAGCGAUAAUACCUUUAAAGCAUUUUUGUUUCUGACAAAAGGAAAUCCAAAAUGUAAACUAGUAUCUAAGGGCUACGAGUAAAUGUUUUGACAUUGUUUUAUCGGCAUUUUUGAUGGGCAAAGCCAACGACCUACAAAUGCACAUUGAUGUCGGACUCCGAGGCUAUUGAAAUAAAGACAGCUCCAUUUGACGCCCGAUUCCCCAACCAGAACCAAACUAAGAAUUGCUGGCAAAAUUACGUGGACUACCAUCGUUGUCACAAAAUCAAGGGCGAAGACUAUGAACCAUGUGAAUAUUUCAAGAGAGUUUAUCAAUCACUCUGCCCUAAUGAAUGGACAGCCAAGUGGGAUGAACAAAGAGAUAACGGUUCUUUCCCAGCUAAAAUUUAA